AUGACCAGUUUCUUGCCCCGUAGAAACAACAUCUACAACUACAACGUUUCUCUCGCGAAUUUGACGGCUCAGGGUAUUGCGACCGUCUCUUCCGUAGAACAGGUCGGGGCGAUCUUCAGCGAAGACUGCCUUACCCUCAACGUCUGGGUUCCCAGCGGCGGUGAGUCCGGCAAAGCGGUCACGAUUUGGAUCUAUGGUGGCGGUUAUACCAGCGGCAGCACUCAGAUUUCGUUGUACGAUGGUCAGCAUUUGGCCGGAUUUGAAGACGUCAUUGUGGUAUCUAUCAAUUAUCGUGUCGACAUCCUAGGCUUCUUUGGCGAUCCUGCGGCUGAGAACCGCAAUCCGGGCUUCUUGGAUCAGCGACUUGGAGUGGAAUGGAUCAGAGACAAUAUUGCGAACUUUGGAGGUGACCCUUCUCACAUGAUCUUGUUUGGACAGUCGACUGGAGCGGGGUCGGUCGAUGCCUAUUCUUACGCGUGGGCGACGAACCCUAUUGUCAGAGGAUUUAUUAUGCAGUCCGGUACUGCGGGUUUCGGGAGACCGCUAGCUUCAGACAAUGCUAAGGCCUGGUACAAUGUCACAGCAACGCUCGGAUGUGGCACAAACGAGACUUCGACCGAGCCGGCGAUUCUUUCCUGCGUGCAAAGUCAGGAGAUUGGAGAUUUAUUGGCCGCAAUGGGUUCCAACAGCUUUGGUCCGACUGCCGACAAUAAGACAGCUUUUUCGGACUAUCCAACGCUUUCCCGGACCGGUCAAUUCGCUCAGCUGCCGAUCUUGACCGGUAACAAUGAUUUUGAGGCCGGGGUUUUCGUCACUCUUGGCGCCCUCGAUAAUAUUACACAUAAUGGAACUUACUGGGAAUCAUUCAGUAACGGGAGCUUUGCCUAUCCUACCGGAACUCGAGCCAACGCGAGCGUGCUUCACGAUCUACCUACCUAG